GAAUGGUUGAACCGGAAGCACAGUCUGUUUUGUUGACAGCAGAGGAGACCACGAAAAAACGAAAGGGAAGGAAAAUAGCUAAGUAAAUAAAAAUAAAAACCAAAUUAACGGGAACAACCAUCUGUCGUUAACGUUAAGUUGCCUGUCGUGUGGCCUGGGUUGGGUGUCUUUAGCGCUACCCCCAUUUGGAAGAACAUCCCGAUGUCGGUGUGAAAACUUGCGUCCACCUCGAGGCCAGUUGCUUUGCCUGUUGUUGACCGCGUCUGCGGAGAGAAGCUGCCAUGGCGGCGAAAGCUGGGGACAACCCGGAGUCCCUGAUGGCACUGAGCACCGUAUACUGUCUUCGGAACCUUAGGAGGACGAUGUGCUGCCUCGGAGACAAGAACAGCCUACGGCUGAACCCAGAUAUAUUUUUACCCAGCGAGAUCUGCGAUAAGCUUGUCAGCGCUUACAUGGAGCUGGUUCAAACAGACAGCAAUUUCGAAAUGCACGAGAGCUUCUUCUUGCUGUUCUCGGACCCCUACAGCACCCGGCUGACACGGGUGCAGCUGAGGGAAGACACUGUGCGAGAUAGAGACCUAGAGGCUAUUGCGAAACAGGACCUGAUCGAGCUCCACCUCACCAACUGCAGCAGCCUGACGGCUCGCAGCCUGAAAGCUCUGUGUAACUUCAGGCAAACCCUGGUCUCCCUCAGCCUGUUCGGCUGCAGCAACAUAUUCUUCAAGAGGGGCGGGGCCCCGCUGGCGUGUGACGACGAGGACCGGCCCUGCCGGCAUAUGCUAGACACCGACUUCAGCUUCCAGGGCUUCAACCGGCUGCGCCUCCUCAACCUGGGCAACCUGACGGCUGAGGUUGACGUGGAGACCCUGCUGAAGCCCCUCCCCUCCCUCACCUCCCUGGACCUCUCCUACGUCCACCUGCCCAAAAUGACUUUCUUGUCCCAGUGGAAAGACCGCCUGGCCUCUCUGGUGCUGUACAAUGUGGACCUGUCAGAGGAACACAUUCACACCAUCGUUCAGAUGGCCUGCCUCCGACACCUGGACAUCUCGCGCGAGAGCCGACGUAACUCCAAAUUCAAGAUGACCCGGAAGAUUCUGACAGCGAUUGUGCAGAGCCUGGUCAACUUGGUCUCCUUGGACAUAUCGGGUCAUGUCAUGCUAGACAACUGCGCGGUCCCAUAUUUCGAGGAGGCCAUGGGACGUCCCAGCACGGAGCCAUCCAAGAGCAGCAUAUACCCUUUCCAGGAGCUGAAGAGGCCGCUGCAGUUCCUGGGGCUGUAUGACACCACACUCUGUAACCUGACGCACAUUCCAGCAUAUAAGGUCACUGGAGCCAAGAAUGAGGAUCAGAUCCUGAACGCCAUUGAGGCCUACACAGAGUUUCGCCCGGAGGUGGCGCACCGAGCGAUUAACCACCUGUUUGACAUCGCCAGGAUACAGCACUGCAACCAGCUGCUCCGGGCCCUACAGCUGGUGAUCUCAGCCCUGAAGCUCCACAAGUACGACAAGAGCAUCCAGGUGACGGGGAGCGCGGCGCUCUUCUACCUGACCAACACCGAGUACCGCACCGACCAGAGCGCCCGGCUGCGCAGGGAGGUAAUCCAGGUGGUCCUGAACGGCAUGGAGCAGUACCAGGAGGUCACGGUCCAGAGGAACUGCUGCCUGACCCUGUGCAACUUCAGCAUCCCGGAGGAGCUGGAGUUCCAGUACCACCGUGUCAACCAGCUGCUGCUGAAGAUCCUGGAGCCGGCCCGGCAGGACGAGUCCAUCCAGCGCAUCGCCGUGCACCUCUGCAACGCCCUGGUCUGCCAGGUGGACAACGACCACAAGGAGGCCGUGGGAAAGAUGGGCUUCGUCACGACAAUGUUGAACUUAAUACAGAAAAAGCUACAUGACAAGAUGUGUGACCAGGUAAUGGAGUUCUCCUGGAGCGCUCUGUGGAACAUCACGGACGAGACGCCCGAUAACUGUGAGAUGUUCCUCAACUGCAGGGGAAUGACUCUUUUCCUGGAGUGCCUAGAGGAGUUUCCUGAUAAGCAGGAGCUGCACCGCAACAUGCUGGGGCUUCUGGGUAAUGUGGCAGAGGUGCGGGCCCUGAGGCCACAGUUGCUGACCCCGCAGUUCAUCACUGUUUUCAGUGACCUCCUGGACAGCAAGGCAGAUGGUAUCGAGGUGUCAUACAACGCCUGCGGUGUGCUCUCCCACAUUAUUUUUGAUGGGCCGGACGCCUGGGCCAUGGACGAGCCCAAAAGGGAUGCUGUGAUGGACAGGAUGUGGAAAGCCAUCCAGAGCUGGGACGUCAACUCUCACAGGAAUAUUAACUACAGGUCUUUUGAGCCAAUACUGCGCCUGCUGCCUCAAGGCAUUGCCCCUGUUAGCCAGCACUGGGCCACAUGGGCGCUGUUCAACCUGGUGUCUGUCUACCCGGGUAAAUACUGCCCCCUGCUGAUCAAAGAAGGAGGAAUCGCCCUCCUGCAGAAGGUGCUAGAGCUUGAUACAUCAGAGGAGGAGACCAAGGAAAUGGCACGGAAGGUGAUGGAACACUGUGGGAACUUCAAAGAGGAUCCCAUGGACACUUCAAGGUAAAUGGCGACAAGGAGGACAACACUGGGAGCUACAGAACCAGAAGAGGAAAAGAAUGUUUUUUGUCUCUCACCAGGAAUUGUCUGCAGUUGAUUUACUGUAACAUGUGUGAGGAAAGGAACCAUUCAGAGCACGGCUCAGUUUCUAGAAGGAACCUUGCUGUGGGACAUCAGUAGGAGAAGCUGCAUAGGAGGUGUUAUUUUUUGUGUUGCACACAGGACAUACUACUUGUACAAGUUAUAUGGUUGUGUUUUGUUUUUCUGGUUUGCUCCACUUUGUGUGUGUGUUUUAUGGAACAAAACAUUUGGGAGGUGUUCUCUACUUAAUAAGAUAAGAAAACAAGGAGUGCUUCCAGUGGUCCCCUUUGGUGUGGGUCUGGUCUUAGGUGGAAGGCUUUUUCCUAUCAGCUUAGUUUCUGCAUAGCACCCAUUGUCAGAAAACUCAGUAAUUUCUGAAUGUUACUGUCCGUUUCCCCUAAGGGAUUUUUUUGGAAUUCUGCCACAAAGACGUCACAAACCCUUGAGAUCAGGGUGUGGACUGUUCGUGUGAGGAGUUGUUUGUGUGAACGGUUGUUAUUACAGAGCAGCACAGUAAUGUCUCUCUCAUUUAGCUAAGGUUGUACCUCUUUCCUCUCUCAUUGCGUGGGGUGGACACUGAGCAACAGGUUUAAAAAAGAAGAAAAAAAAACAUUGUCUUCCCCCACACUGGUGACUGUCAACAACAAGGAAGACAUUAGUUUGAAUUGUACAUACUUGGGAGUAAAUUUCUCCUUUUUGUUUGUAUGUUUGUUUUUAACAUGAUUAUAAACACUCCUAUGAUUUCUUGCAAUAGAUCUUUUUCUGGAUCAAAGAAAAUGUCUACAAAGCUAUAAAACCACACUCUGAAAUGGAUAAUUAAGGAGAGAACUACAGUGUAUUAAACAUAUUUGCUGUACUGUGCAUUUCAAGUGUUGGCUCAUUGCACUUUUUUCUUUACUGAUGUUUUCUAAAUAAUAGUUUAUUUAUAUUUUUAAAAACUCAUGAAACACAUCACAAAUCCAUUUCAGCUGUAAAAACAAUGCUUAGAGCCAAUUUUAAAACUCAAUAUUAUGUGUUAUUUCUGUUGUCAGAACCUUGUAUUUCCUUUCUUUAAACAAUGAAGUAUACAUUUUUAUCAUUGUAUAUCACAACUGCCUUGUUGAGUUAUGGAAAUAAGAUGUCCUGAAUAAAGAAUCAAGUUACUCUGAUGAGGUACAAGUCUUGCAUCAGGAUUUAGUUGCCAUUAUCACAACUGACAUCUCAUCAAGGUUAAGAUAGGUUUUUAGAGAAUGUAAUGGUAAUGAUAGUACAAAUGAUCUUUGAAAUUUACAUUUUCACAACCACUGAAAGUUGAUAAUAUGUUUCUGAGUUAAUGGGUUUGAACUUGUUUAUGUGUGGACAAAUUUUCUCUGUGGUUAUCUUGAGGAAAAAACAUGUUUUAUCUAUAUUCCCAUUAAUAGCAUACUUUGAAUAACAUUGUUUAAAAAAAAAAAUUUUUUUUUAAAACUUCUAUUUGGAGGCGUGACAAGAAUGUUAGAGGUAAAUUCACGUCGGGAUUUUUUUUGGCAUCACACUGGCCCAGGCAACAGUCAUUUAGUGAAUAUUGUUUGAUUCAUUUCCUCUGCUUCUAUAAAAAUUUGCAGAUACGUAUUUCUAUUGGCCAGGAUGCCAGACAAAAUAGUAGAAUUAGUGUCAGGAAAUGUUUCAGCCCUAAAAAUGCUGAAUUUUUUUUUUUUUUUUUAACUUGUUUACGCAUAUCUGAACGGUGAAGUCGUAUGUGUAGUUUCACAGUUGAGAGGGACUUUUUUGGGAGUUUCACAGUUGUCCACAGAGCCACACAGUUUAGUUAUUGUUAAUAUUACAUGAUCUGUGCAUAUUAUAAAUCUUGACUAAAAUCGAAAUAAAUAAAAGCUUACAGGGUUA